AACGGCAGCUCUCUCUGGAAAAGGCUACAAUAAUUACAGAGGAGGAGGAGUUUCCACAUCUGAAGAGGAAGUAUCCUUACAUGGACACCAGUUCACUUCCACGUCUAUCCCAGAGAAUGGUGGGUGGAGGAAGAGGAGGAGCUGUAAGGACACGUGGGACGAGAACUUCAGAGACAGUGUCACUACAGAGGAAACAACAAAGUCAACACACACACACACACACACAGAUAAAAAAACACAAUACUUCUCCUCAGGAUAUUUUUAGGUUUUUACAUGAAAAUGCCACCUGUCAUUUAAACUAGCGUGGCUAGUUAUCAUAGCUAACUCCUGUUAAAGGGACUUAACCUUAACACAGCUUUUUAUUUUUUGCAACUUCUGGUAAAGAUGAAAAAUAAGCUGAAGAUCACAGUAAAUGCUAAGAUUAAACACUGACUAAACAGUUUGCGGCUUUUUGUGCUUCUAGACACUGCUUCCCACGCUGGGCUCAUUUCUGUGUUUUAUUUUUCCACUCUAAAGUUAGACCUGAGUUAACCUGCAAAGAGCGCACAUGUUUAACCGUGGUAAAAUUGUUACAAAACAAAACAAUGUUAUUGUGGUUCGUGUCAGAUCAACCGUAACCUAAACACCAUGCACUUGAGAUGUUAACGUUUAUCAAAACAAAUUUGGCUAAAUGAAUCUUUAAAACAAAAGAGUUUUGUUUUCUGAACUUAAAAAGGGAAAAUCUGCAGCUCAGGAAGUUGAUGGGAACACUGUUUGUGGUGUGUUGAUGAAUCACUGGUAACAUAUAGUGUUUAAAAAAAAAAAAAACAGGCGUAGGUGUAGAUUUAGUUGGUAAAAAUGUCAUUUUGAAAAUGUCACACCCGAGUUGUUUACUGAACCAUGCGAUUUUCUCUUUGCUCUCUGCCAUCGCCUCCUCCUUUAAAUUACCACACACACCUACAGGUUUCUCCUGCUGACGUCCCCACAUUCAGAAGAAACCAGCAUCAUGCAAAUUCACGAAGCGGAGAGUCACAGUCUGAGCUGUAGCCCUUCAGGACAGGUUACAAACAGAACAGGUCACCAGUGCAGUGGUUCUUCACCUUAUGACACUCUCCCAGGACCACCAGAACUCCAGAGUUCAACCCAUGGACCAUUUUUGCUGUAAAGAAAGAACCACUCCUCCUGUGUGUGACCCCAAAUGUCAACAUUAAAGGGAUUAUUAAUGACAUUAGUUUAGGUCCGUAACAGCAGAAAAUACAGCCGGAGGUCAGACAUCAGAUGAAGGUCACUUCUCUACGAUGCUCAUGAACAACAUCAGUGAAAGUAGGCUGUGUUAGGACCAGGAACGUCUUUCGUGUGGAUCAAUACUGUUCCUACAUUAUGACUCUGUCCUGGUUCCUACUGACCCAGCUCCACCACAUCUAACAUUAGAACACCAUUCUGUAUGUAGCAGAAGCAGAACCCCACCCUCCUGAGGUGGACCAUACAAGUUUAUAACUAAGACAAAUGGUCUUGGUUUUUAGGUUCUAAACUAAGUGUUCCAGAAAGGACCUCGGUGGCUGCAGCUUUUUGUUCUAACCAAACAGCAGCACACCUGACUUUUUCAAUCAACUGAUCUGAAGGUCUGAGGUCCAGCUCUGAGGUCCAGUUCCACCCUCGUGAGGAGCUUGAAGAACAUGAGUUGACAUUAGGUUCACAGAGUUUCGCAUUUGUUAAGGCUGUGUGUUUGAGUGAAGUCACUGUUUAUCCACUGACCAAAGACUCCUCCACCUUCUCCAUCCAGUAGGUGGUCUAGAGGUGGAGCAGUUGUGGUGAGGAAGCUGCUCCUCACCUCCCACGGACAUAUGUAAUGAUCACUGUCUGUUCAGAAACAAAGGGAAACCAGCGUGAAUUCAUUCUUCCUGUAGGAGGAGACAGCUUGACAAAAAGCCAGGACUGUUUCCUACAGAAGGAACCAAAACUAAUACUGUACUCUGCUAACUGUGGCUAACGUCUAGCUGUUACUGCGUUAGCUGCAGUGAUAUGUUGGUACAUUCAUGCCAUGUUUUUGAAAUUCUCUUAACCUGUUGAAACUGUAGGCUUAUGGCUAAUUGUAUCUAUAUUGUUUGCUACCUUUUAGCUAUUUCUGGGCUAACCAUAGCUAAUUGUGAACGCAUGUGAUUUUUGAUGUGCAACAACUUUCUCAUCCUCUCACUCUCAGACUUCCUGAAUGUAGGAUGUGACACUUUGUUCAUUCAUGUUUUGUUUUUUUCUGCUCUCUGCGCUCAGAGCUAAUUUUGGUCUGCAGUGCAGUCGUGGGCUUCACUUUAAUUAUUGUGUGGGUGACUGUUUAUGACAUAAUUGCUGACCAGGCGCUAAGAGGAAAGGGGAAGUUCGUUUUUCAUGCACUUCUGGCUGCAGAAUGUGUACAGUAGAGAUGUACAGCAGAUUAGAAGGUUUUCAGUCACUCCUACUGAUAACAGCACUUCAACUGUUUUACUUUACUCAGUAAAGUGACUGUGUUUUAACUGCAAUCUAUUUCUGCUCCCUGACCACGCUGUGUGUUUGUGUGUGUGUGUGUGUGUGAACGCUGCAGCCAGCGUCUCCUGUGGUUGAAAGAGGGUGUUGUGACACUUCAUCAUACAGUAUCAUACAAAAAAGACAGAGAGCCCACAGCAGGAAGUCCAUCUGAUCUCAGAGCCAUACACGACUGGAACCUCUGAUGAGACGUUGAAGACGGAGAAGCUGCAGCACCGUGAGAGCUCCAUGGGACCAUGUCAUCUCCAGAGGUGUGUUGGCCGAUACCGAUGAGAGCCAUUGGUGCUCAAAACCUUCUCACCAUGCCUGGAGGAGUUUCCAGUGCAGGAUACCUUCAUAAGAAAGGAGGCAGUCAGUUCAGCCUCAUGAAAUGGCCACUCAGAUAUGUCAUCGUCCACAAAGGCUGUGUGUAUUAUUUCAAGAGCAGUACCUCCCCAUCACCACAGGGGGCGUUCUCUCUCAGCGGUUACAACAGAGUGAUGAGAGCAGCAGAGGAGACGACGUCCAGUAAUGUUUUCCCUUUUAAGAUCAUUCACUUCAGUAAAAGACAUAGGACCUGGAUUUUCUCUGCAGCCAGUGAAGAUGAGAGAAGGAAAUGGAUGCGACACCUGAGGAGAGAGAUCGAUUACUAUAAUGACCAUAAAGACACCGCGCUCCCCUGUGACUCAGAUUCUGAUGCUGACAGUUUCUAUGGCUCAAUCGAGCGGCCGAUGGACAUUAAACACCUGGACAGUAACACCGAGGAUGAUUACAUGGAGGAAGAUGAAGAGGAGGAUGAGGAAGACUAUCUGAAACCAGACACAGACUGUUCAUCGCCCUCCACAAGUGAUGACGCUCAUCAUCCAAGUCGACCAGGACAUCCUCCCUCCUACCCUCCUCCACCCGUACCAGAAGCAUUUCGACGCGAUUCCAGUCCAGUUUUCCUCAAAGGUCCACCUCCUCCUGUCCCCUCCCACCACAGGUCGCCGACCCUUCACAUUCCCAAAAAGUCUCUGCCUCCAUUUCCACCUCCACCAAUACCUAAGGAUGCCAACAAAGGUCCACCUCCUCCCAUACACUUCUCCCCUCAUCUGCACAAAAUCCCAUCUCUUGAACCUCCUCCUCCUCCUCCUCCCAACCCAAAAAGGACUCCUCUGAGCAGAGGGCCUCCAACCACUGAGCCUGAUGGGACUAAAAAAGAGCACAGGCUCACGUCACACCCGUACCCCGCCACUCUGCCCAUCUGUGAGCAGAUAGAGAGCAGGAUGGUUCUGAACAGACCAACUCACCCCCCUCUCAUUUUUGGAGCUAACUCAUUGGGCCACAAACCCAACAACCAUAGACUGUCUCAGAUUGCGGGGUCUUGCGUCAGACCUGGGACGUCAGAGUCCUUCUGUCAGCCCCCACUGUCGGACCCUCCUCUGCUCUCAGCUCAGCUCAAGACCGGACUCAACAAACCUGUUCCUCCCAAACCUCCUCCACCAGAGGCCAAGUUCCCUGUACCUUCAACCAGGUCUAAGUCACAUGGAUCUUCUAUUCAAAGAUCAUCUCCGGAAGGUCAAAGCUUUCGCUCCUCAGGAGACGAGGCUCCUUCAGAGUCCAGGAGGAGGAGGAGUCCAGACCUGGGCCGACGUGGAGCAGAGGACUGUUCUGAGGACGAGGACUACAUAAACAUGCUGCUGCCAGACUCUGUCUUCAUUGACACAAAUGAAACCAGCUUUGUAGAAAAGUUGUUCAGAGAGAGGAGAGUUCCUCCAGAGGAUGGACUCUACAGCAUCAGGAAUUCUGGGACCAAAACCUCCAGGGUUCUGGUGGUUUGGGACUCAAGUAUAAACAAGGCCAGGAACUACAGACUGUUUGAAGAUGGGGAUCACAUAUAUCUGGACAGUGAGGUGACAUUCCCCUCUCUGUCAGCUCUGAUCGAACACUACCACAGUCAACCUCUGCCUCACCACGGGUCACUCUGUCUGCUGACACCCUUCAGCUACACAAUGUAGACAAAGGAUUCCGGAAAGAAGCAGAAACACACCAGGAGGAGUCCAGCGACAACACAAACUAGCAACAAACAAAGGGAGAAAAUACGAGGACGUACCAGGAAUUCAACAACGUUCCCCUGGGAUCAUUUAAUCAAAUCAGAUUCCGAAUCAGAUUCCAAAAAAAAAAAAAAAACACAUACCUGGAAAAUACCAGGAUAAAACAGGAAACUUCCGGACGAGCUUUCAGAAAAGGAAACAACAGUAAACAUUAUACAAGUAAAAUGUGGUAAAAUUGCAGUAAAGCUUAUUCAGACGGACGUGAUUCACUUUUCUGUCCACAGUGGGGCGCUGUUGCACAAAAUGCUGAUCAUUUUGGGAUUUUUUUUACCCACUUUUAUGCUGAUUUUAAAACGUUUUGUGUCCAGUUCAGUUCGUCAUACAUCUAGUUUUACACUACUGAUUAAAUUAAUAAAUUAAAUGCGUAAAUUGCUGUAGUGUAAAAUAUAAUGUUUUGAAAUGAACAAAGUGAAGAAAAGAAAAAGCUCAUGUUUCCUGACUUUACUGACGCUGUAAAUCUUUCUGUAUAUGUGUGCAUAUUGUAUGUAUUGUAAAAACACAUUUUUAAAUAUAUAUGCAAAUUUUUUUUUACAUAAAUGUAUCAUAUUCAG